AUGGCGUAUCACCACUCAGCCUUGCAGGGUGGAGAGACAGAAGAUUGGCGUCAAAGCCAUUCAAACCUCUUGCAAAUGUCCUCCUAUAGUGACGGGACCGAACCUCCCUAUUCGCCAACACCUUCGGGGCCAUUCAUGCCACUUCGCCCCCCUCGCCAUUUUCAACAAUCCUAUCCGUCUUCUGUUCGCUUUCCUAGGGCAUCUGUGACUCCGGAAUCUAUGAGUGUUGCCGUUCGCGAUUACACGCGUCAUACUUCUGGAUCACCCGUCUUGUUGGGGGCACACCAUGCCAGCGCAUCCAUCUCAGUGCAGGAUACAUGUUCUGACGCGCGAUUUAGCACGCAUUCUUCAAACCCCGAACUGAAUACGGAUAGAUUUAGGGAAUCGUCACCUCUUACUUCAAAAGGAACGCGGCUUCGGUCGGUGCGUGAGCUUCCGAAUGUUUACCAAGGGAUCUUUGGCUUCCCUCUUUUCAACGCUAUUCAGUCUACCUGCUUUGAUAUGAUCAUGAAAUCUGGCGAGAAUUUGGUGCGUAUCUCAAGUUUAUCUCGCAUGGCAGACGCCGAUUCCCUUCCUCAGGUUCUCAGCGCACCUACUGGAAGCGGUAAGACGGUGGUCUUCGAGCUCGCUAUUAUCAAACUCUUUAUGGAUAAUUCCCCGAGUUGUCCGCACGGUCCACAAUGCGUCUAUAUUGCCCCUAUGAAAGCUUUAUGUACCGAACGCUUCAAUGACUGGACAAAGAAAUUUUCUCCUCUCGGCAUCGAUUGUUGCGAAAUGACUGGUGAUACAGCUGUCGAGGGGAGGGAUGCUUGGAGAGGGGCUAAGAAGUGCUCUAUCAUCAUCACUACGCCUGAGAAGUGGGAUGCUUUGACAAGAAAUUGGCACGACACUGCCGUUUACACGAACCAGAUCUCCCUUUUUCUGGUGCACAUUUUGAGCGACCCUCGAGGGGCUACGCUCGAAGUCUGCAUAUCACGUAUGAAAACACGGAUGACGAAUCCACGCUUUGUUCUCGUGUCAGCCACGGUGCCUAACAUAGAAGAUAUUGCUGAAUGGAUUCGAUACGGAAGUCCACCUCAUGCAACCUCUGUGUUUAGGGCAGGUUCUACAAAUUUCCCUUGGACGCGGUAUUUCUUAAGUGAACUUGAUCGUAGUUUGACGAGUCUUAUCGCCCAUGUAAAAUCACGAAGCACGUUUAUGGCUUCCCGCGCAAACGAGGGCAGAACGAGUUCCAGUUCCUCUCCACGGUCCUGGAUCCGCAGCUGUUUCCUCUGCUUCAGCGUCAUGCGAAUAACAAGCCCGUCCUUGUAUUUUGUCCUACCCGAAAGAGUUAGGCCCAUUUUCGAACUUAGCGGCUGCUGUCUUUAUUAUGCUGUUUCAGGCGUCGUGACAUGUGCAGACAAGAUUGCUGCGGCGUAUUUAAAGCUUACUGAACGGGGGGGGAAGUUACCAUGGAACACUACGAGGGAGACUAACGCAUCCUUCGAAGAACCUAAAUUGAGCGAGCUCGUGAGUCAUGGAAUUGCAAAGAUCAUCUCAGUGGUUGUAGCUACUUCGACGCUUGCCGUUGGGGUUAACAUGCCUGCACACACCGUUGUGAUCCAUGGAACAGUUCAUUGGGCAGAUACUCAAUGGGAGGAGUACAGUAGCCUUGAAGUCAUGCAGAUGAUUGGCCGCGCAGGCCGCCCUCAGUUUGAUAAAGAAGGGGUCGCCAUCAUCCUUUGUGAUGCAGUGGCCAGGCCAAAGUACGAGGCUUUAGAGUCGGGCAACUCGGUAUUUGAGAGUCACCUGCACCGCAAUCUCAUCGAGCACGUUGCCUCUGAGGUCGCUCUCGGGACCAUCGUGGAUGAGGAAACUGCUAAGAAAUGGCUGUUGAACUCCUUCCUUUUCCAGAGGAUACAACGGAAUCCGGCACAUUAUUCUGGACUUAAUGAUGAUUCUGUCCAAGGAUCUUGGCGGGAUCGCUUGAAUGAUAUUGUUGAACAAACCUUGGCGACGCUCGAAGAAGCAUCUUUAAUCUCGAGGGAUAGUGCGAGGGCAAACGAUAAGAUUAGGAUCACUGAAGCUGGGGAAAUCAUGACUAAGUACUAUAUUCGUUUCUCGACGAUGUGUGCUAUCCAAACGCUACCCGAAGAGGUGAAUCUCAGGCAGCUGUUCGAGAUGCUGUCGCAGGCAGAUGAGCUCACUGAGUUAGCUCGACUGAGAGUGGAGGAAAAGCGCGUUUUCAACGAGAUUCGCGAACACAAUGACAUCCGCUUCCCGGUGAAGAAGGUAGAGAAGACUCCCGAGAAAGUCCUCCUUCUAUUGCAGGCUGCAUUAGGAGGGAUACCAUUGACCAGUAAGGACUGGAAGGGUCUCGGACACCAUGCUACCCUUGAUGCAGCAAAUCUGCUUCGCCAAUCCAUUCGGGUUGCCAAAGGCAAGUUCAGCGAGGUGCUGGCCCAGCACGGGAUCACUACCAUUGGCGCUUUGCGUGGGGAAAAAGCCCAUAGAGUUGAGCUGCUCCUCAAUAAAAAGCACCCAUUUGGGAGGGAACUUAUUCAGCAAGCUGCUAGUCUUCCAGACUAUAUUGUCGGGAUAUCUGAGGACAAUGUCGUCGCGGAGGGUGGUGCAAAACCCGUUCUUGUUACACUUUCUGUUUCAAUCUCCUUACAUCACGCUAUGAUUCUGGAUAAGGUCAAGGCGUUGGGCUACACUUCAGUGCUAACGACAACAUCCGACUGCCGGUUAAUUGAUUUCCGUCGCAUCCCCACCAAGGGUUUGGUCUCAGUUAGGUCGUUCGUUGUAACCGCUUCUUUGGAGAAGCCAAGUCAGAGUGUUAUUGUCCAGGCUGAUGCGGAGAAAUAUGCUGGGUUGUCUGUAUUCCGUACUUACAAGCCGACGGUGUCACCGGGCAGCUACCCCAUACUUAUGACUAAACCCCCAAAGGACGAUAUCGAGGUACCAUCUGAUUUUUGGGAUAUUUCGUCAUCCGAGAUAGAUGCCAUGCUGAACGGGGACGCGACGAAUCCAAACCCAGAGGUGGAUCCAGUCGCUUUACAUACGGAGACUCCAGAGUUACGGAAGAAGUCAGCCAAGGCGGUCGAACUUCCACAUGGAAACUUUCCGUGUUGUGAUCAUAAUUGCAAGGAUAAAUCCUCUUGUCGUCACCAUUGCCGUCGGGAGGGUUCGUCCAAAGCGCCGAACCGAAAUGCGGCUAACACCGUGCGCAACCGGAACCCAAGUACAUCGACGAAUAAAGGAACACCAAAACCGACCGAUUUGCGACAGAAACCUAAACUGGAUCAACCUCGUAUCGACCUUGAGGAGCUUCACAGGAACGCGUUAUCUGAACCUGCGAAAUCCUCCCUGGCUAAGAGAACUAAAGUUCCGCUUUCCGGGCAGCCGUUAACCGCGAAGCACCCUAGUAUUCUUCUGGAGACGGAUGGCAUGAGCGACGAUCUUAAUGACAUGUCUCAUUCACAGGGCGUCCUUACCAUAGACCGACUGCCCCGUAAUCCGGGUUCGCAUGAAAAUACGAGGUCAAACAUGGUCCUGUUUGACGACGGGAUUGAUUUUCCCCCGCCAUCGGAUAUCUCUUCUACUUCCCCAGCUAUGAAAAGGCAGAUGUCCUCGGAUCUCUCAAUGAAAAUAUCGAAACGUUCAAAACUUGAUCCAUUCGCAGCUACAAGCAAAAUCUGCAUCGAUUUAUCGCCUUCGCCAACACAAGCUUCAGAGGUACAAGAUCUGAAAACAUCCAGUGAUUCUCGCACGAUGAAGCACCAGCUUUUUAUGCCUGAUUCUUCCUUGACGCCUUCGUUUGACAGAAUCAGGCGGAAUCCCACAGUCAAACGUUCGCCUCCAAGCUUUCACAAAAUUUCUCAAGUGCUUUCUUCAGACUGCAGUUCUCCAGCAGCUCCAAUUGCAAAACCGCACGCGGAUCUGGUUGGCAGUGCAUCCUUAGAUACCAUUGCAAAUGGCACAUUGGGGGCUCCUUGCAAGGAACCUGAGUGGGACGAAAUGGAAGAGUGGAUGGCCAACAUGGUUGAUAUUGUGGAUUCGACGAACUGA